AUGCGCUCCUUGUUGGCGCUCACCGCCUUGGCGGCGUCGUCGAGCGCCUUCGUGCUGCCGCGCCAGCCGCUGCGCGCGCUCACCCCCCGCGCCGCGAUGCCGACGGAGAUCGCGUCGGCCUUCGACGAGGUCAAGAAGUCGGCGGCCAUGUUCCCCGAGGGGUCCGCGGAUUCGAAGACGGCCUCGGACAUCGUGUCGCGCCUCGAGACCGCGUCCUACGGCUCGUGGGAGACCGACGACCUGCAGCUCCUCGAUCAGUGCCUCAUCGACGACGGCGCGCCCGCGUGCCAGGCCUUCAUGACCGCCAUGACGACCCUGCGCGAGCUCCACGACAAGAGCCCGGGCAACGCUAAGGCCGCGCCGCCGCGGCUCGACCGGGCCCGGUUCGUCGAGGUGCUCGUGCGCGUGGCCCUGCACUCUACAAUGGACGCGACCCUUUCCGCGUUGCUGCAGAAGAUGCUCUGCGCGGACAACGCGCUGCGCGUCGCGGCGGAGGCGGAGUACGCGUCGCUGCUCCAGGCAGACCCGACGGCCGUCGCCGCGGCGCUCGUGGGCGUCUGCUGCGGCGGCGGCGUCGCGUACGAGAGCCUGCUGGGGCUGACGCUGCUGCGGCGCGUCGUGGGCACGGCCUGGCACGUCGUCGACGCGCCCGCGCGCCGGGCCGCCGCGCCCGCGCUCCUCGCGGCGCUCGACCGCGACCGCGCGGGAGGCGCGACGGCCGCGGCGCGCGGCCGCUGCGACUGCUGCGCGGCGCUCGUGCAGUACGGCCUGGGCCUCGACGCAAACGACCCGGACGCGGCGGCCUGCGUCCUCGCCUGGGCGCUCGCGCGGCUCGCGGACGGCGGCGACCGCGCGGCCGCGCUGCUCCUCGUCGCGCGCGUCGCCGCGGAGGCGUCGCCGCGGGCGCUCGCGGCGGCGGCGCCCGUCGGCGCGGCGCUGGCGGGCGCCCUCGGCGGCGCGCGGUCCGCGCCCGAGGCCGUCGCGGCCUGCGAGGCGACCUUCGCGUUCGUCGCGGAGUGCGAGUACCCGGAGCACUUCGCGGCGGCGGCGGACGCCGUCGCGUCGGCCGUCGCGACGCUCGCCAACGCGGCGCGGGGCGGCCACGCCGCCGCCUGCCGCGACAUCCUGGCGGCGCUGGCGACACUCCUCGACGAGCCCCUCGUGUCGUGGACGACGUACCUGCCGUCGAAGGCGCGGAGCUUGGAGGCGCACGUCGAAUCCGUCGGCGACGCCUGCGCGGGCAUCCUGGGCGCCGGCGACGCGACGGCGGACCUCGCGCGCGUCGCCCUCGAGGUCCUGGGCGCGCUGCUCGAGGCCGCCAUGUACUGGCGGCGCGACGCGGCGCCGGGCCUCGGCGCGCGCGUCGGCCCCGCGUGCCUCGGGUGCCUCGCGCGGGGCUUCCGCGACCUCGACGUCGCCGAGUGGGCGGCGGCGCCGCCCUUCCCGCGCGACGACGAGGACUUCGAGCGCGAGUCCGAGGACGCCGCGGAGCACGACGCGGCCGAGGACGAGGCGCUGAGCCCGCUCGCGGCCGCGGCCGCGGCGACGCUGCGGCGCGCGGCGGCCUGCGUCGGCCCGCGGGCCAUGCUCGAGGCGACCUUCGAGGCCCUCGACGCGGGCCUCGCGGCGCCGGACGCCGCGGAGCGCUACGCGGCGCUCCGCGCGCUCGAGAUUCUCUCGCGCGACCUCGGCGGCGACGCCGUCUCCCUCGCGCUCGCGCCGCGGACCUGCGCGCCGCUCUGCGCCGUCGCCGCGGACGACGCGAGCCCCGUCGUGCGCGAGCGCGCCUUCGCCGUCCUCGCGCGCUUCGCGCUCGAGUGCGCCGGCGCGGACGCGCGCGCGGGCGACGACGACGACUACUUUUCGGGCUUCGACGACGGCGGCGACCGCGCCGCGUGCGUCGCGACGCGCGCGCGCGCGGCGCGCGGCGUCUUCGACUGCGAGCCGUCGCGGCGCUUCGGCGACCUGCGGCGCCUCGUCGCGCUCGCGACCCGCGAGGCCGGCGAGGCGUCGUCGGCGCUGACGCGGCGCGUCCUCGGCGGCGCCGCGCGGUGGUGCGACGCGCUGCUCGGCGCGCGCCGGGGCGACGCGCUCCGCCUCGACGUCGCGCGCGUCGUCGCGCUCCUCGCCUGCGCCGCGGCGGACCGCGACGUCGCCUACGACACCUUUGGCUCCGUGCGCGACGCGCGGGCCUUCGCGGCCGAGCAUUGCGGCUGCGACGUCGUCACGUGCUUCUCCGCGAGCGACGAGGCGACGUACUUCGCGCUCGACGGGUCGACGCUCGCGACGAACGAGGUCGCCCUGCGCUCGUUGUACGAGGUGCUCCGGCGCCACCGCAACGCCGCGGGCCUCGCGCCGGAGCGGCUCGGCCUCGCGGCGGCGCUCUGCGCCGCGCUGGCGCACGAGUGGCUCCGCUUCGCGCCGACGGCCGUCACCGUCGGUGCGGCCGUGCUCGCGAGGCUCGCGGCCGCGGGCGGCGGCGGCGGGCCGGCCUUCUUCGCCGCCGUCGCGCCGACGCUGCUCCGGCACGCGGCGGCGCUGCGGGACCGGUGCGGCGGCGCGGAGGUCGUGUCCUUCGACGGCGACGCGGACGACGGCGGCGACGCGGACGACGACUCGCGCGCGGGCGCGCUCCGGUCGCUCCAGGCGCUGACCAUGGUGCUCGAGGCGCUCGCCGAGCUCCUCGAGAUGCCGGGCGCCUGCGGCGAAUUAAGCGACGACGACCUGCGCGUCGUCGCGGCCGCGCUCGCGGACAACGCCGCGGCCGGCUGGCGGCGCCGCGCGGACUUCGCGGACGUCUUCGACGGCGCGGGCGGCGACGACGCCGACGCGACGCGCGACGCGGAGCGCGAGGUCCAGGAGACCUGCGGCCGGGGCCUCCGGGCCAUCGCCGCGGCGCGCGCGGCGACGCCCUUGGUCCGCGACCUCGCGGACGGCGUGUUGGCGCCGUGCCUGUCGCCGUGCCUCGAGCCCGACGGCGACUGGCCCGACGACCUGCGCUGCGAGGCCUUCGUCUCCGCCGCCUGCCUCGCCGUCGACGUCGCCGCGCACUGCCCGCCGGGCGCGGCGCUGCCGGGCCGGCUCCGCGGCCCAAUGCUCGCGGCCGCGCGCGACCCGCGCGACGACGUGCGCCAGUGCGGCGCCUGGGGCCUCGGCGUCCUCGCCGCCCGGGACGCGGGCCUGCGGCCCGAGGCCCUCGCCGCCCUCGCCGCGGCACUCGCGGCCUACCCCGCCGACGGGACCCUCGGGUCGCGCGACGCCGCGUCGGACAACGCGGCCGCGGCGCUCUUCAAGGUCCUGCCCCUCGCGGGCGACGCCGCGGGCGCCGCGGCGGCGGGCGCCGCGGCCCUGGACGCCCUGCCCCUCGUCUGCGACGUCGAGGAGGCGCGGGGCGCCCACGCGACGGCGCUCCGCGCGCUCGCCGGCGACGCCGAGAACGUCGCGGCGCUCGAGCGCGCGCUCGCGGACGCGCAGCGCCGCCUGCCGCCGCCGCCCUGGGUCCGCGACCUGCUCGCGCGGGACGCGGCGCCGCUGUCGCCGACGCGGCGGCUCCGCGUCUUCCGCCGCUUCGGCGGCGACGCGGCGGCCGCGCGGGCCCACGCGGCCGCGGUCGCGGACGCCGCGGCCAUCGCCCGGAGCGAGGACGGCAGCGGCUUCGCGCGCAAGUUCGUCGUCGAGGGCAUGCUCCAGGAGCUGCCGACGCUGGGCAGCGACCGCAUGCUCAAGGUCGCCGCGUCGCCGGCGAAACGCAGUGGCACGAUCCGCAAGAGCGGCUGCGACGCCUUCGAGCACGGCGCCCUGCCCUUCAUCUGCGAGGUCGAGCUGCCGGAGCACUUCCUCGUGCGCAAGCACCUGCCGCGGAACGCGACGGUGCUCGAGUUCGGCGGCCGCUUCGGGACGACGACCUGCCAGAUCGCCGAGGUCCAGGGCAACAGCGGGCGCCUCGCCGUCGUCGAGCCCGACGAGGGCGUCUGGGCCCACCUCGAGGCGAACCUCCGGAAGAACGACUGCGCGGCGACGGUCGUCAAGGGCGUCGUCGGCUCCGGCGGCAUGAAGGUCAUGGGCCGCGGCUACGGCGGCCGCGUCGUGCCCGACGCGGCGGCCUCCCACAACGCCGUCGCCUACCUCGACCUCGAGCGGUCCGCGGGCUUUUCUUUCGACACGCUCCUCGUCGACUGCGAGGGCUGCAUGCGCUUCAUGCGCGACCAGCUCGACCCCGUGAUCAUCUCGGGCCAGAUCAAGCAGAUCCUCCUCGAGGAGGACAUGUCCUGCGCCUUCGAGGAGCGGCUCUGCAUGGACUACGAGCCCUGGUUCGCGUUCCUCCGCCAGAACGGCUUCCGGCGCGCCGCGGAGUACAACGACUGCAACGGCAAGCUCUUCCACGCGAAGGACAGCGGGAAGUGGUGCCAGUCCAAGCUCGUCCACUCCGUCUGGCUGCACCACACGCACCACCAUAACCACCUUCCGCCCUGA